GCGUGUUUUAUCGGCAUCGCGGCGAUCCGCUCGGCCUCAUCGACGGCAAGGCCGCUUUCGAUCAUCUCGCGCUUGAGGCGGCGGUCGGCUUCGUUGUCGGCGAAGAUGCGGACCUGCUUAACGACCCCCUUGAUGACCGAGGCGCCACAGCCGAAGGCGACGAUCAGCACCACCAUGUUGAACGGCGGCGGGAUAUCCAGCAGGCGGCUGAAGACGCUUUCCUGAGUCGAAGGGUCCAUCGCCUGGGCGAACAGCGGCAGGUUCUCAAUAAGGCGCCCCCGCCUGAGUCGGCAGCAGGUCUCCCCACCGCGGAAGGGCAAGUGGCCCAAGCAGACGAUCCCACCGGCCCCGCUGACGGCCACAACCACCCUGCCGCGGCCGCCCCUUCGUCGGCUGCCCCUCCCACCGCGGCCAAGCCGUGGGGCGGGGUCUUUGACGCCGCCACCGACGCCCGCGUCGAGGCGUUCAGCGAGAGCGUCUCCUACGACCGCCGCCUGUUCCAGCAGGACAUCCGCGGCUCGGUCGCCCACGCCACGAUGCUCGCCGCCGUCGGCGUGCUGACCGACGACGAGAAGAACCAGAUCAUCGAGGGGCUCACCCAGAUCGGCUGGGAGAUCGCCGCCGGCAAGUUCGUCUUCAAGCAAGAGCUCGAAGACGUCCACAUGAACAUCGAGCGGGCCCUCGUGGACCGCAUCGGCGACGUCGGCCGCAAGCUCCACACGGGCCGCAGCCGCAACGACCAGGUGUCGCUCGACUUCCGCAUGUGGGUCCGCGACGCGAUCGAUCAGCUCGACCAGUUGCUGGCUGACCUCCAGCGGGCGUUCGUCGGCCGCGCCGCCCAAGACGAAGGCGUCAUCCUCCCGGGCUACACGCACCUGCAGCGGGCCCAACCGGUGCUGGCGGCCCACUACUGGCUCGCCUACGUCGAGAAGUACCAGCGCGACCGCGACCGCCUCGCCGACUGCCGCAAGCGGGUGAACCUGCUGCCGCUGGGCACCGCUGCGAUGGCCGGCACGACGAUCCCGAUCGACCGCCAGAUGGUUGCCGAUGAUCUUGGGUUCGAGGGCCUCGUGGCGAACAGCCUCGACUCGUCGAGCGACCGCGACUUCGCCAUUGAGUUCGUCGCGGCGUUGUCGCUGAUCGCGGUGCACCUGUCGGGCUGGGCCGAGGAGUGGAUCCUGUGGAGCACCACGGAGUUCAACUUCAUCAAGCUGCCGCAGCAGUUCUGCACCGGCAGCUCGAUCAUGCCGCAGAAGAUCAAUCCGGAUGUCCUCGAGCUGACACGUGGCAAGUCGGCGCGGGUGAUCGGCUCGCUGCAAAGCCUGCUGGUGCUCACCAAGGGCCUGCCGCUCGCCUACAACCGCGACCUGCAAGAGGACAAAGAACGCGUCUUCGACGCGGCGGACACGGUGCGCAAGUGCCUCGAACUGGCGGCGCCGCUCGUCGCGGGGUCGGAGCUGAAGCGUGAGGCGAUCGCCGAGCGGCUGGACCGCGGCUACCUCGACGCCACCACGUUCAUGGAGCACCUGAUCCACCUCGGCGUGCCGCAGCGCACCGCGCACGGCAUCGUCGGCAAGCUGGUCGGCCAAGCGAUGAAGGCCGAGGUGCGGCUCGCGGACCUGCCGCUGGCGGCCUACCAAGAGCUUUGCCCCGAACUCGACGAGUCGCUCUACAACGUGCUGGGCGUCGAGCACGCCGUGCAGGCGUUCCGCAGCGUCGGCUCGACCCGCCCCGAGCUGGUGGCCGAGCAGGCGACGCUCUCGCUGCCCCGCACGCAGCCACGACACUACGUCGAAGCGGCGCUGACGCUCCUCGACCUCGGCGCGGUGGAGGAAGCAGAGACCAUUGUCACCGAGCUUGAGGGUCUAUCGCUAUCCGACGAACAGUACGUCGCGCUCGUGGACCAGCUCGGCACGGCGCGGCUGGCGCGGCUCGGCCGAGAAGUCCCCGCCGCCGCCCCGAUCGUCGAUCAAGCGCUGGCCGCGGCGAGCGCGGCCGCCACGUCGCCCGAGCGAAUGCAGGGGCUCGUCGAUCGGCUCACCGGCGAACGUGAACAAGCCCUCGCCGCGAUCAGCGCGCUGCGGCUCACCGGCAAGGCGGGCGUCGAUUACUGCAUGACGCAACUCGCCGAGGCCGAUGACCCCAAGCUCCGCGCGCGGCUGCGCGAGGCGCUGGUGGCGCUCGACCCGAUCAGCCAGCCGGCGAUUUUUGAAGCGACCGGCAGCGACAACGAAGCGGUCGCCACCGAAGCGGCGUAUGCCCUUGGCCGCUUGGCGGAACUGGGCCGUAUCCGGACGUCGAUCGCCCCGGCGCUAGUGGCCGGACGCGUUGGCAAACCUGGCUCCGCGGGCGAAGCCGCCCAUUGGGCUUAUCGCCAACUCACCGGCAAGCUGCCGACGGACGAAGACGCCCUGCGGCGGCUCGAUGCGGCGAUCGAUGAGCUGCUCGCCGGCACGGUGCUCUUCACCGACGGCGUCGAGGCGCCCGCGAACUUCAAUGUCCAACUCGCCGCCCGACUUGCUGCGGACCAAGCCGCGUUGCUCCCUGGCGGCAAGCGGCCCGCGCGGCAGGCGCUGUUGCUGGCGCUCGAGACCGGCGACGAAGGGGCGAUCGCCACGACUUCGACCGAGACGCUCGGUCAGCGGGGCGACGAAGCGGCCCUGCACACAGCGAACGGCGAGCUGGCGCCACUCGCCAAGGCCCUCGAGUCGCCCUACCCCGCCGUCCGCUUCGCCGCGGCCGAGGCGAUCGUCGCCAUCAACCCGCAGCGGCCCUUCGCCGGCUCCAGCCGCUUGGCCGACGCCCUGCUCUACCUCGCCGCCGCCGAGGGAGACGACAUCGCCGUCGUCGCCUCGCCGCAACUCGCCCGCGCGGGUGAGACGGCCGGCUGGCUGAUGGGCGCGGGGUUCGUCGCGCUGCCAGCGAACCGCGGCGAAGACGCGCUGCGGAUCGCCACCGCAUCGCCCGACACGACGCUCGUCCUCAUCGACAUGUCGGUGAGCCUCCCCGGCGCCCGUGAGACCAUCUUUCGGCUGCGGCGUUCGCCCGAGACGGCGCUCGUGCCGAUCGCGGUGCUCGCCGCUGACGGCCGAUUGAGCGAAGCCCAGCGGAUCGCCGACGAACACGGCGGCGAAGCGGCGGGCGUCAUCGCGUUGGCUAGGCCGCACUCGCCCGAGGCGACCGCGUCGAUGGCCCAGCGGCUCGUGGCCCUCGCGCCCGCCGACUGGCCCCACGCCGACGCACGCCUCCGCCACGCCGAAGCGGCGAAGCAGGCGAUCGCCGGGCUCCUCGCCGACGGCCCGAGCAUCUAUGGCUUCGAUCGUCGCGCCGAACAGAUCGCGAUCGUCGCCGGUCUCGGUAAGAGCGAAGAAUCGCUGGCGACGCUGGUGGCGCUCGGCACGCCCGAGAGCCAGCAACGGCUGCUCGACGCCGCGAGCGUCGAAACCCGCCCGAUCACCGACCGCAACGCCGCCGCCGACGCCUUCACGGAGAGUGUCCGCACGCACGGCAUCCUGCUCACGACCGACCAAAUCCGCCGCCAAUACGACCGCUACAACCUCAGCGCGAGCGCGCCGGAGGAUCGCAAAGAGCAAGUGAACAGCCGGCACGCGUUAGCCCCACGGCUGAUAACAGUUAACCCCACCCGAACAUCCUUCCCCUGGCGAGCCUCGGCGCUCUUGGCGUCUUGGCGGUUCCAAAAGAAGCCACCCGUGCUCUCGCCCCCCCAUAACGGCGCCGCUGCGACCUUGCCGGGCAUCAUUGGCUCGAGCCAAGCGAUGCAGGAGGUGUAUCGCAAUACGCGGCAAGCCGCGUCGAGCCGGGCGUCGGUGCUGCUGCUCGGCGAGACCGGCACGGGUAAGGAGCUGAUCGCCCACGCGCUGCACAAGUUGGGCGAACGCCGCAACCGGCCGUUCAUCCGCGUCAACUGCGGCGCCCUUAGCGAGAACCUGCUGGAGAGCGAGCUCUUCGGCCACGUCCGCGGCUCGUUCACCGGCGCCAUCGACAACCGCACCGGGCGCUUCGAAGCGGCGCACUCGGGGACCAUCUUCCUCGACGAGAUCAACAGCACGACGCCGCUCUUGCAAGUGAAGCUGCUGCGAGUGUUGCAAGAGCGUGAGUUCGAGCGCGUCGGUGACACGCAGACGAUCCGUGUCGAUACGCGCGUCGUCGCCGCCAGCAACCGCGACCUCGCCGAGGAAGCGGCCGAAGGCAAGUUCCGUGAGGACCUCUACUACCGCCUCAACGUGGUGCCGAUCUGGCUGCCGCCGCUGCGGCAGCGGCGUGAGGACAUCCCGGCGCUCGUGACCCACUUCCUUAACGCCUACAACGAAGAGAACGACCGCUACGUCGUCCACAUCGAGCCGCGGGCGAUGGAAGCGCUGCAAGACUACGCCUGGCCUGGCAACGUCCGCGAGCUACAGAACUACAUCGAGCGCGCCGUCGUCAUGGCGCUCGGCGACGAACUCACGUUCGAGCUGCUGCCACCGGUCGUGCGUGGCGAGUCGAACGCCCCCCGCGGCGCCUUCCGCCGGAUGGACUUCGAGUCGCUGGCGGUGCAACUCGUCGAGGAGGGCCUCUCCAAGGCCGACGACGCCGCGACCGACCUCCACGCCCGGAUCGUCGACCGUGUCGAACGCGAAGUGAUCUCCCAGGUCCUGGGCGCCUGCGACGGCGUCCAGAUCAAAGCAGCCCAGCGUUUGGGGAUUAACCGCAACACGCUCCACAAGAAAAUUAAGGACUACGGGCUCGACGGAAUCCAAUUCAUUGUCAACUCGCAGGGCGAGAAAACGGCCGUUGUGAUUGACCUCAUCGAGCACUCGCAAACUUGGGAGGAUUACUACGAUGGCCUGAUCGCCGAGUCUCGUCGUGGCGAACCUUCAGUGAGCAUCGAAGAGCUUAGGGCGAAUCUCGGCCUGGACGCGGAU